AAUACUCUCUUGUAGGGGUCAGUGACAUUCGGGAAUCCGGUCCAUCCAAAGACAGACAGGAAGGACAGCAGCCACUCGUUCGCCGAGCCCGCCCGCCCGCCCGCUUUAAUAGAAGAACGUCGGGCCACUGCCUAAUUGAGGACCUGACCAUGUCGGCCGUCGAAAGCGAGGCUGCCACCAAUGCCAACAACACCACAUCUAACCAAAACAACAACAGCAGCCAAAACGGCAGCCUCUCGCCGCCCAAAGAACGCGAACGCAACUCGCUGACGCUCGACCAGCGCCGUGCCCUCCGACGAUGGGCCAACUCGCAAACCGUCCGGCCUAGCCACAAGGCCUGCAUCGAGUGGUUUCAAACGCAAUACAACCAGACCAUCUCUCAAUCGACCGUCUCUCACUCUCUUUCUCCAAAAUACGCCCGUUUAGAUGGCGACCCGCAGCUCUCCGGCUCGCGCCUGCGCUUCGGCAACUGGCCCGACGUCGAGAAGCUCGUCCUGCUCUGGCACCAGCAGAUGGUAGCCUCGGGCCGGCAACCGUCUAACGAGGAACUCGCCGAAAAGGCCAAGAACAUCUUCACCCAAUUGCCGCGCUACAAGGACGAGACAGCUCCAGAGUUCAGUCCGGGAUGGAUCCAUCGCUUCAAAAAGCGUUAUGGCCUGCUGAUUCGCCGCCAGCGGCGCCACGGCACGGCGCCCAACCCAGCCGACGACAUACCCUACCUCGUCGACGCCGUGGGCCGGUUCAUGAGCAUCACGGCCGACGUCUCCCCCACGGUGAUCCGUGACACGGUCGUGCGCGUGGUGGGCGUCGAGCCUACGCUAGCCACGUGCGCGCGCGUGAGGGAUGAAAUCGUCAGGAAGAUGGAGGGUCCUUCCCCCGCUCCCCAUCACCAGCAACCUAACCCCCACCAGAACCAGCAUCAGCAACACCUGGCCGGACUUCAGCAGCCGCAACAGCAUCCCGGUCUGAACGCAGUGGGCGACACACCCAUGGGCGGCUUUUCCCCCGACGACGAUCCGGAGGUAGUCCUGCAAAAUGCCCUGCGUGCUCUCCAACAAGAAGAAGCCGAUGCUGAAGCCGAAGCCGCUGCUGCCCGCGAAGAACGGGAGCGCGCUGAGCGGGGGCUACCUCCGUUGGGAACGAUUGCCGGACAGGCUUAUGCGAAUGCCAUGUCGACACCUGCUCGUGGUGGUGGUGGUGGUGGUGGUGCCAAUGGAACUACUACAGGGGCGAGGUUCGUGCCCGGUGCUACGGGGGUAGAGGACCCGCUGACGCUGACGCCGAUUCCGAGUGGAGGACCCGUGUCUCUGACGGAUCGGCCGGUCAGAUGCCCGUUUUGUGUGAAUCAGAGGAUGUUGAGGACUAUCAAGGAGGCGGUCGAGCAUAUGAGUACUCAUGUUGUAGUUUGAGGGAAGAUGUGACUGAGAUGGGGACCCUUGCUUGGAACUGGCGUUAUGCCUGCCUCGCUCCCGAUACCGAGGCGUGUUUAUUCUUCCAUUUUUUUUUCUUGUAAUGGGUUUAGUUUAGAGUUUCUUCCCCGUUCCCCGGUUUUUCCUUUCUUGUUUUUCUUUCUUCCCUUCUUUUCAUUUCAUUUUUUUCUCGUUUUGUUUGCUUCAUUACUAAAUAUGUCUGUCUUGUUGGGCAACAGUCAGUCAGCCAUAUUUAUCCUGGCAUUCCAGGUAUCGCUAUGUCUACUUUGGGACUCUGGUGGAUUGCAACUGGCGUUUCAGGUGUCAAUUUUUUUUUUUAGCAGGGGAGCAGGGGUAUACGGUUCGUUGUACGCCCAACUCACUUUUCAUAGGUGAUAUGUGAGCCUCGGAGUUAUUAGUUGGGGACGUAUAUUGCAUUUCUGUAUGCUUUUCAGUAAGAAUUUCCUAGAUCUGGCCUUCGGGCUGGUUGACUUACAAGCAUUACAUUGGUAGUGUGAAACGGCAUCGACUUCGUUACUUCC